CACCACUCCCUUCAUUGUGGGACGAGGAGUCCCUUCAUCGUGAAGUAUUCAGGAUCAUUGACAGGUGUUGUUUCAUUCCUUGACAUGUGUUCAUUGAAGGCUCAUUAGCCAUGGCAAAACGCCGAGCCCUGGCUUUCCACUUGUCUUUUUCUCCAUUACCCAUUUUUGCACCCCCACCCCUACUACUAAAGCACUGCUUAUUUGGCACUGUAAGUAAAUAAUAAAAAAGAGUUUUUCAAAAGGAAGAUAAAAGGUUAUUAGUUAUUAGUGUUAAGACCAUGGACAAGGGAGAGAAACAAGUAGUGGUGGUGACCAAACCAAUUAUGGGACGCUCAAGGAAAGGUUGCAUGAAAGGCAAAGGAGGUCCAGAGAAUGCACUUUGCAAUUUCAGAGGAGUGAGGCAGAGAACUUGGGGCAAAUGGGUUGCUGAGAUUAGAGAGCCUAAUCGUGGCGCUAGACUUUGGCUUGGCACUUUCAAUACUUCUACUGAAGCUGCUCUCGCUUAUGAUGAUGCAGCAAGAAAGCUCUAUGGUCCUUAUGCUAAACUCAACUUGCCAGACCACUCACCACCACCACCACCACCAAUUAAUAAUAAUAAUUCUACCACCACCUCUGACUGUACCUUUUCCAGCGACCCACUUGCUGCUAGUACUGUCUCUUUUGAAGGUGAUGAGGCUAUGGCGUCGAGUGUUUUUGUAGGUGAUGCGGCUUCUAUGUUUGGUGGAGGUUUCAAUAAUAAUGUUUGUGAUGGUUUAUGGGGUAGUCCGGUUAUGAAUUGGCCUGAGACUUGUUUCGAGAAUGAUUGUGUGGAAAUGAAUGAUGUUGGAGUUUUCUUGGGCAGUGAAAACUUCAUGGAUCGGGAUGGUUUGCAGCCUUCAUGGAGCUUUUAAGCUUUUUAAAUAGAUAGUAUUUUUUUUUUUUUUUUUAAAGAUCAGUUUUUUGUUCUUCUUAACAUCUUUUUUCUAUUUUUUUUUAGGAAUGGUUUGUUCAUAUGAUGAAAGUUGGCACUCCGGUUUUAUGUAUUUGGUAUGCUCAUGUAAAUUUUUUUUUUUUUUUUUUUGUUUUUUUGGUUCCCUUUCUUUUGCUCAUGACUAGAUUGUCGUUUAAAUUUUGGAUUGUAUUUUAUUUUCACUUUUUAAUUUUUUUUUUCCUAUGCAAUCCUUUGACAAGGAUUCAAUUAUUGUUAUUCUCUCUGAAAAGUUAUGAAUUCUACUUAACAAGUAGUAUUGUUGUU